AUGGCCCGAGAGUAUACACUUUCAGACCCGCCGUUGGGCUUUCUCGCUGUGGAAGUUGACAUUUACCGUCCCCCAGGCGAUCCCUUCAAUCAGAGUACAUGGCCCUUUCCCCUCAUCCGCGAAAAGGUGAUAGGCACUUCAGAAGCUCAAAUUGUCACCAAUGGCAACUACGAAGAUGCUUUUAUUGAUCGUUUUGUGCAAGCCGCGAUAAGACUCGCAGAGAGAGGGGCUGUCGGCAUCAUUACCAGCUGCGGCUUCUUGGCCGCUGCCCAAACCAGAUUAGCAGCCCUGUCCCCCAUACCUGUAGCUACGUCUGCCCUCGUUCAGGUUCCCAGCCUCCUGGCCAUUUCUCCUAUUAAUAGACCUAUCGGGGUGUUGACCUAUGACAGUGCGAGAUUGGGAAGCGCUCACUUGCUGGAGCUGGGCAUUGAUCCUAGCCGUGUCCGUGUAUGGGGACUCUCGGAUGACAGCCAUCUAAGGGACAUUUGCGCGCGUGGAGCGAACUAUGACGCCGAUCGGCUUGAGAGAGAACUCGUUGCCGAGGCCAAAUCGCUGGUACUUCAACAUCCUGACGUCGCCGCAGUGGUCUUGGAGUGUACAAACAUGCCACCUUAUGCAGAUCGGAUUCAUGAUGCGAUUCAAAUCCCGGUAUACGACGUUUAUACAAUGGGUAUGUGGUUCUACUCCGGGCUGACGAGACGGAACCCGUUGUCGUGGAAAGCGUCAGAUGCGAGAGACACAUGA